AUGUAUUUUUCAUUACUUGGAUACAGCAAAGAAUGGGAUAUAUUGGUAUUUUCUCAGUCAUGGCCAUAUACUUUUUGUCACACUUGGACUGUUAAUUCAAAUACUCACACUUGCAACUUACCAGCCAAUCGCAAUCAAUGGACAAUACAUGGAAUUUGGCCAUCUAAAAUUGGUGCCUUUGGUCCAGCUUUUUGCAACAAUCAAACAACAUUUAAUUUAAAUGCUUUAAAUCCCAUUAUUCCUGAAUUAAAAAAUCGUUGGACAGAAAUAAAAGAGUCAAAGACAUGGACAAGGAAACAAGAAGGCGAACUGUGGAAACAUGAAUGGAUAAAACAUGGAUCAUGUUCUAAAUCACUUGCAAAUUUAGAUUCAGAAUUAAAAUAUUUCAGUCAAGGGUUAGAAUGGUCUAAACAAUAUGUACUGAGUGAUUUAUUAGAACAGGGAGGCAUUAAGCCCAAUGGCAGUUAUCCAAUUACUCAGAUUUGGCAUACAUUAAGAACCGGAUUGGGAAAAAACCCACAUAUCGAUUGUUAUUAUGAAAGUCGUACCAACAAACCCUAUAUUGAUGAAGUGCGUAUAUGUUUUAACAAAUCAUUAGCAUUGAUUGAUUGUGAUCCGUUCAGAAGAAACACCAACAAACCAUCUACAAAUUGUCCUUUGGAUAAAGAAAUAUUUUACAUAGGAGCUGUAGUUUAA